AUGCUCUUCGUCAGCUCCCGUCACUUUGCUUGUCACCCAUGGCUUUCAUCAGCGUCCAUGGAUUCUCUAACCAAUUUCCUCACCAUCUAUAACCUAACGCCAGCGCCUAUCAUCAUCUUCGCUGCACAACGCCUUCUCAGCGUCUAUCACUCUAUCGCUGCCCAUGGCCCUCAUCAGGCCCCAUUACUUGAUCUCGUUGAUCAUGGCCUUCGUCAGUCCCCAUUACAUGAUUUCGCUGCGCAUGGCCCUCGUCAGUCCCCAUUACUUGAUUUCGCUGCCCAUAGACUUCGCCCGAUUACUCGAGUCGCUGCCAAUGGCCUUCGUCAGUUCAAAUUGUUUGGUUUCGCUGUCCAUGGCCUUCGUCAAUCCCCAUUACUUGAUUUCGCUGCCUAUAGCCUUCGUCUGUUCCCAUUAAUUCGUCUUGAUGACCAUAGCCUUCGAAUGUCACCAUUACUUGAUUUCGCUGCACAUGGCCUUCGUCAGUGCACAUUAAUUGUUCUCACUGUCCACGGCCUUCGUCAGUCCCCAUUACUUUAUUUCUCUGCCCAUAGACUUCGUCAGUCCCCAUUACUUUAUUUCGUUGCCCAUAGCCAUUGUCAAUCCUCAUUACUUGAUCUCACUGCACAUGGCUUCGUCGGUCGCCAUUACUUGCUUAACUCCACAUAG